AUGAAGGUGAAGCGGCAGAAGCACGCCAAGAAGCACCUGGCCUUCUACCGCCACAACUUCGGCUUCCGGGAGCCCUACCAGCUGCUGCUGGACGGCACCUUCUGCCAGGCCGCCCUGAGGGGGCGGGUCCUGCUCCGGGAGCAGCUGCCACGCUACCUCCUGGGGCAGGUUCAGCUCUGCACUACACGAUGCGUAUUGAAAGAAUUAGAAUCUCUGGGGAAGGAGCUAUAUGGUGCAAAAUUAAUUGCCCAGAGAUUUCAAGUUCGAAGUUGUUCCCAUUUUAAGAAUGCAGUGGGUGGAUCAGAAUGCCUUUUAUCCAUGAUUGAAGCGGGAAACCCUCAUCGUUAUUUUGUUGCCACCCAGGAUCACGGCGUGUCCGCCAAAGUGAAGAGGACGCCCGGCGUCCCCCUCCUGUUUAUCAUCCAGAACACCAUCGUCCUCGACAAGCCCUCGCCCGACUCCACGGCCUUCGUGAAGGCCGCGGCCUCGACCGGCCUGGUCUCGGACCACCAGAAGCAGAUCAUCGAGCGGCUGAAGGAAGAGCAGGGCCUGGGCACGGGCACCGAGCCGAAGAAGAGAAAGCGUAAAAGGGCGGGCGGCCCCAACCCCCUCAGCUGUCUGAAGAAGAAGAAGAAGAAAGCGCCGGACGCAAGCCAGCCCGCCGCCCGGAAAAAUAAAAGGAAGAGAAACAGGAUCCGUAAUAGGGGGAAGACCCCGGCCGUACAGCCGGAGAGGCCGGCUACAGAAGCGUAAUCCAGAACAAGCUGGGCUGGAACCCUUUUUGACUCUCUGUUGUAAAUAAAUGACAUUUCUAUCUGAAUUCUGGCGUGAACGAGCCGGACCGGAACCCUUUUGACUCUCCGUUAUAAAUAAAUGACAUUCCCAUCUGAGUUCUGGCGUGAACGAGCCGGACCGGAACCCUUUUGACUCUCCGUUGUAGAUAAAUGACAUUUCUAUCUGAAUUCUGGCGUGAACGAGCCGGACCGGAACCCUUUUGACUCUCUGUUGUAAAUAAAUGACAUUUCUAUCUGAAUUCUGGCAUGAACAAGCCGGACCGGAACCCUUUUGACUCUCUGUUUAAAUGACAUUUCUAUCUGAAUUCUGGCAUGAACGAGCCGGACCGGAACCCUUUUGACUCUCUGUUGUAAAUAAAUGACAUUUCUAUCUGAAUUCUGGCGUGAACAGGCCGGACCGGAACCCUUUUGACUCUCUGUUAUAAAUAAAUGACAUUUCCAUCUGAAUUCUGGCGUGAACAAGCCGGACCGGAACCCUUUUGACUCUCUGUUGUAAGUAAAUGACAUUUCUAUUUGAAUUCUGGCAUGAACAAGCCGGACCGGAACACUUUAGACUCUCUGUUGUAAGUAAAUGACAUUUCUAUCUGAAUUCUGGCGUGAACGAGCCGGACCGGAACCCUUUUGAGGCUGUGGCACUGUGCUUUACUCUCUGUUGUAAAUAAAUGACAUUUCUGUUUGAA